GAAGGAUAAACACUAGAAACUAGCCACACAAAAAAUGCGAUAAGAUUUAUGCUUUCUCAAUCAAAUAUGAUUCAAAGUUUCAAACAACCAAAAAACAUCAAAAAAAUUGUUAAUAGUGAGAAACAUGGUUUCAACAAAAAUAAACCCAUUAACAACAAUUUACAAAUCCCCAACAAGAUACAUUAACCACAAAUCCCAAAACCAAAUCAAACUAAUUUCAAAUUCCCUAAACCCAAAACCCACCACAACACAGCUUCCCAAUAAUCUCUACAGUGUCAGCUUCAAGACUAUUGGAUUAGGUAAGCUUGGCAUCUCCAGAUAUCCCGAUUUCGAAUACUCUCCUCAAGGUGGCUCCGGUGCCGGAACCGCCAAGAAAAUCGACGACAAAAACAGAGCAUCGAACUCUGAAUUAUCUGUUUGUUUCAAUGUGGCCACUCUGUAUAUUCCUUCUCUGACUAGCCAGACCACGAAGUUUCUCGGCUUUCCAUUGCCACCGUUUCUAAGAAUCGAUAUCUCACCGGAGAUUUUCCAAGGAACUAUCGACCAAGAAUCCGGGAAGGUGGAAUUAGAGUUCAUGGCUAAGUUCUUUUUCACGGCGGGAGGAGGGAUAUACAGAGCUCCGGCGUUGGUGGUGAAAACUGUGUUGACGACGGAGGAAUCGAUAGGAGUGACAAAGAGAGGGAAAGGAGAGAGAAUGGACGGAGAAGGAAAGUGUAGACUCGUCGGCGUCGCGAAAGUUGAGACCGUCGACGAUUUGUUUAUGAACACGUUCCUCUCUCUUCCGGCGGAGUGUCUCGCCGAUCUACAAGCUAUUAUUUCAGUCUCUGAUAAUCAAUCUUGAAUCUUAAUGAUAAAGCAUAAAUAUUUGAGUUUAUAAGUAUAAAAGUGAUUAAUUACUAUUUGUUAUUUUAAAAAAAGUCUUUAGAUGACUGUGGAAUAUUUGAAUUGAAUAUAAAGAAAAUGUAAUGGGUGGCCUUAAACAAAAGAUGAGAUAAUGGGUGGUGAGCAUGGCGGCAUGGCCAAACAAAUUACAGCUUGAAGAAGUAAAUGCGAAUUGACACAUA